AUGGAAACGGUAAUCCAGUUCCGCACAAAGGUUCAACAGAUCUUGGACAAGGAGUGCAAGGUCGACUGGGGCAAGGAGGGAAAGUUUUGGGGCAUUAUUAGCAAGUAUGAUGCCACGCACCUUGAAGCGCCGUGGACCAUUUUCUAUCCCAACGAUGGUGACGAGGAAAACGGUGUUUUCACGCCGGAUUUCUCCGAAUGGCACGUCGAAGAUGAGGAGCACCCAAAAGAUCCCUUCACCGUGCGUAAAAUCCUUGCCUGGAGGGACGGGAAGCCCUUGGGCCUGCCGAGACCGCCGGACGAACUGGACACCGCUGAGUUCGAGCCCGUCCUGGGUCACGAUCCCAAGCUCCCCCACAAUCAGUCAAGCGACUCCGACGGCAGUGCUCAAGAACGAGAGGAUGGCGACGAUGACGGCAGCGCGAGCAGCAGCAGCGGCGACGACGAGAAAGACUCAAACGGCGAUGCCCUUCGCGCGCGUCGAUUGUCCUCGGGUGGUUCCCUGUCCCGUGCUCUGAGCGGCACCCCACGACUUCCGCCCAAACAGUCCGCGCGACGAAACACCCCAGAUACUGAUGCCAAGCCGCGCCGCAGCGUCCCCUUUGGCGAGGCGCAGCCGGGCUCCUCGCACUCGCAGCCAGACGAACAGCAACAAAGCGCUAAACGAAAACCAGGGCGGCCGCGCAAGCAUCCGCUGCCAGAAGGCGAUCAGCCGCCAGCCAAAAGGCCACGGGGACGCCCUCCGAAAAACGCAAACACCGCUGCUGGGGGCGGUUCCGGAGGUGCGGCGAAGGCGAAGCCUGGCCGUCCACGAAGUGCGGCCCUGGAGGGGUCACUAGUUAAGCCCGCUAGCCAGCCCUCUGCCGCGAUGGCGUCUGAUGCUGCCGCUGGCGGCAGUGGAGGCCGCGGCGGCAGCGCAGAGCCAGUUCCAGCGCCCAUCAAGCAGCAGAGGCUGGUCAGGCUGGACUCCGACGAGUUUGACGAGAAACCGGACGAAAAGCCGCCUGUCAGCAAGAGCCACGGCAAGGUCCACAUUAAGGCUGCUGCCGUCGCUGCUGAGGCCGACGCACCGGGGCCCAGCUGCGCAAGUCCGAUCUCAGACGACGGGGGAUUAGGGACACAGGCGGCAGCAGCAAUAAAGGAUGGAGACGCAUCCCCAGGCGACCCAGCAGAGGCCUCUAUUGCCGUCGGCGCUAACAAAGGCGCUAAAGCCGGCAGGUCUACCCAGGCCGCUGCUGCGACAGAUUCUCAGCUGGGGCAGCAGAAGGCGGCAGGGGCCCCGGACGCCAAGCCUGUGGUUGGCACCGGCAGACCAAAGCCGCUGUUGAACGAGGAGCAGCUUGCAAAGCGCAAGAUGUCUUUCAACACAGCCGCGCCGCAGCGACCCGCGGGUCUGUUGGGCGUGCCGACGGCCAGGGCGCAGCGGGAUUCCGGACACACGGGCACUGUGAAGCUUGAGGGACCGUUGGCCGUCAAGCCUACGGGGAAGGCUACUGCCGCGUCGUCGAAGCCGGCGGGGGCUGGGACGGCGACGGAGCACGGCCAGUCUCAAAGUGCAGCGGCAGGCAGCGGCACAGGGAUGGCCAAGGACACCCAAGGCGCCGCUGGCGCUGCAGCCACCGCUGGCGCAGAGGGCGCCAAACCAUCUACUGCUGUAGAGUUCUCUGCGGGGCCGGCCGCGGCGGCGGCAGAUGCACCAGCGCAGGCAAAGGAGCAGCAGGAGGAUGACGGGCCAAAAAGGGGAGAUAUUCCCUCGCAACUGUCACCUCCACCGCAGCAGCAACAGCAGCCCAAGGCGGCUGCACCAGGGCCUGCAAGCACCACAGCACUCCCAGCAGCUGCGGUGCUGCCGCAGCCGUCGUUGCCUGUCAGCCUACUCGCGCCGGCAGCCGUGCCCCCAGUCGUCAGCAAAGCCACCCUUCCGCCGCUACCGGUGGUGUCCCUGCCGCCGCGUACGGCGUCUACAGUGUCACUAGCGGCGGCUGUUCCGCAGCCCGCGCUUGUUGCUUCCCCUGCCUCUGCUGGCGCCGCCGUCACCGGUGCCACCGUCACGGCGGCUCUGCCGGCUUCGCAGUCAAUGCCACACCUGCCGCAAUGUGAUUCACAGCAGUCGCAAGACCCGCUUCUCAGCUUUUCACAAGCCUACCAUCCAGGCCCAAGUCAGGGCUCGCAGCGUGACCUGGCGGCGGCUGGAGAGCCCGUAGAGUCGCCACCCUCCAAGGGCGCCAUCUCAGCUGCCACGUUCGGAAGGCCAUCGGCUCUUCUGCCGGCCGCUGCCGCCACCGCGCUACAUGGCGCUGCUGUCGUACCUGCGGCCGUGGGUGCCGCCAGUCUGGCGGCCCGGCCGUCGCUGCCCCCGACAGCCGCCCUGGCGGCGCUUAUCCCCUCCGGUAUCAUCGCCACCGCAAGCCUGCCGCCAGCCACAACAACUCCCGUGCCGCCGGGAGCCCCCGCCGUCGUCACCACUGCUGCCCUUGCCCCCCCCGGCUCCACGGCCGCCACCUCUACUGCUGCUCCGGCCGUGCCGCCUCUGGCUAGCGGCAGCACGGCGGCGGAGGCGCUGGCAGCCGCCGCCAGCGCGGCCAUCGCUUCCGGCGCCACGCCGGAAACCGCCAACCCGGGCGUCCAGCAGCUGCUGCUGCAGCUUCUGGGCCGGGCUCUGGACGCCCUGAGCAACAGCCAGAGCGCCAUCAAAUCCACUGCCAACUCCGCCAUCCUCAUGGCCAAGGCCGUGGGUGCGAACCGUGUGGCGCGCGGCUUUUUUUCCAAGCUGGGGCUGCUGGGGGAGGAGGUGGCGCUGCUGGCGCCGGAGAGCUGCACGGGCGACGCAACGGGGUGCGACCGCGUGGCGGCGGUGCUUGCCAAGCGGCUCAACGUGUUUUACGUGAUGGACAGCAUGUUGCACAGAUGCACGAAGGAGGAGGCCAUCGCCUCCUGGCCCAAAUGGAUUAAUUCGGGUCUGCAGGCGUCCUUCCGGCUCAAGGUCUUUACAGAACAUCAUUUAAGGGCCGUAAGGAAGGUCACGGAUGUCUGGAAGAAGCGCAACCUGCUGGAUGCGAGUGUGCUGGACAUGGCGGACCGAAUUCUCACGGAGCAGGAGAGCAUGCUCAAAUCCAGAUCGGCUGCUGGGGCAGCGGCAGCAGCGGCAGCAGCAGCAACCGCAUCAAUGACCGGGGCAGCCGCGGCGGCGGCGGCCGUUGCCGCCGCUGCCGCGUCGGGGCUGGGGCCGAUACCAGGUCGUGGCGAUCUUGAAGGCCCCUUCAUGGCGCCUGGCGGCGCGGGGCCACGCGGGGGACCUGCGGGCCUACACGUCGAGAUGGGCGGUGAGGGCGCAGCUGGGCCACAGCGAAUGAGCCAUGCGGGAGCUCCCAUCGUCGCAGGCGUCCGCAGGCGGCGGCCGUACUGCAUGGUGAUGCCGCGCCCGUCGAACCUGGCGCGAUUUAACUACCAUAUGGGCGAGUACGAGAUGUACUACAUCAACCGUUUCGGCCCCAUGACCAACCGCUGCUUCAUUGACAACCCGUACGGUUCCCUGGAGGACUCCAAAGAUGAGUUGACGGGGGAGCCCCUGGCCAAGCUCAUUGAGGUGGACCUUUCGGAGGACGAUAACGAGCCGGACUUUUCAGGCACCGUCACCUGGCGUGAGGUUAUUGCCGUGCAGCUGCCGCAGUUCAACCCCGAAUCGCCGCUGCGUGGCGGCCCGCCAGCCCCCAACGUCACACCACCACACCCCCACUUGGAGGAGGAGCUCAAGCUGGCGGCCCUGGGGCUGUCCAGGACGCCGGCGGCAGCUCCGCGGCCCAGCUUAGCUCCGAAAUUCAUCACGUCGAUGCCGCUGUCCAGUGCUGCUGCUGGCGCUGGCGCUGGCGCCGGCACCAGCGCCAAUGGAGCCACCGCCGCUGCCGCGGCGGCGUCAACCAUUGCCGUCCCUGCUCCCCCUGUCCCGGCGUCGCCUCCGCCGGAUGCUGCACGCGUCGGCAUCCCCGCCAUUUCGGGCCUUACGCCGCCGCCUGGAAACGAUAUGGACGACCUGGAUACGUGGGCGUACGGCGGGGAGCCUGCCCCUGCCGAUUCUGCCACGGCGGGCGCGGCAGCGGCAAUAGCAACGGCGGCCGCGUCGCAGUCGACGGGACCAGCGGCAGCCGGCAGCCGCUCGGUGACCGAGGAGGACACCCAGCCCAACAUUUUCGAUAUGCCGGCCGCGCCUAGCCAUGAGGUCUCGUCCACCGGCCGACGGUCUGAGUGGGACGAUGUGGACAUGGACAUGUCUGAGGAUGAGGACGGCGAGUGGCAGCCGCCGCUGCCCUCAGCACCGCCGCCACCGCCUCCCCCCAGCGGCGGUGGCGGCGGCGCAGCGCCACAGCCGCCCUCAACAGCCAUUCCGCCUCCCGUGCCGCCCCCAGCCACGGUCUUGCCGCCACUUCCGGGGCUGCUACAGCCGCAGCCGCAUGGCAUGGGUAUGGGGGCGCCAGAUGGCUUGCUGGCGUUAAUGGGACCUGGGCCUAUGGGAUUCCCUCUUGGCCUUCAGCCGCCGCCUUUCAUGAUGCCCAUGCCACCAGUGCCGCCGCUUUGGCCUGGGCAGCCGCCGCUGCCCCACCCGCUGGCAGCGCCAUUGCCGCCGCCACCGCUGCCGCCGGCACCGCCGCUGCCAUUCCAUGGCCCUCCGCCGCCGACCGAGCCGCCGCCGCCACCGCAGGAGCCAGCUCCUGCUCCCCCGCCACAUGGACCCCCCUCACCGCCGCCGCCGCCACCCUCGCAUCCACCCCUUCCUGGCGCUGGCAGCAGUGGCGGUGGCUCGCCACCACCACUUCCGCCGCCCAUGCCAGCGCUUCCGCCGUUGCCGCCGCCCAUGCCACCGCCCAUGCCGCCGAUGCCAACUUCCGGAGCCGGUCCUUCCCCGCCGCAUUUGGCAGACCUGCAUUUGCCGCCGCUACCACCCGAGGCACCUCCACAGCCGCCAUCGGUUGCUCCGAAACAGGCGGCUCCGCCGAGCCCUGCCCGGCUGCCGCCGCCACCGCUGCCCUUAGACGGCCCAAUGCUGCCCAACCCCACAUCGCCACCGGUCAAGACCCCCACAUCGCUGCCGCCGCACCUGCAGCCCACCCGCCCCGGCUCAGCGACCAAAACGGCCGCCGUGUUGCCGUCUGCCGCUGCUACAAUCACCCUGACCACAGCUGCCGCGGCAGGGCCACAGGCGCUGUCGCCGAGCUGCGUUACUUCGCCGAAGGCGACUGCGACCCCAGCCGCCGCGGCUGCUGCUGCUGCUGCUGCCGCGACUCAAACCAGCACUACCCGGAGCGGUCGGGACCGGAAGCAAGAGCGGCAGCGGGAGCGAGAUGGGGAAGAGGAGAUGGGGCUCUCUCCUGAGGCGGGUAGGGAGGAUCGGGACAAGGAACGAGAACGUCAACGCGGACGGGAUCGUGACAAGGAUCGAGAAGAGCCCGAAGACAAGGAGCGGGGCAAGGGGAAGUCCCGUGAAGAGAAGGAACAGCCCAGGAUUUUAAAAUUGGGUCUAAAGGAAGACCGGGGCCGGGACCGGGCCCAGGAGAAGGACAGGGAGAAGGAGAGAGACCGGGAAAAGGACAGGAGCCGUAAGCGCAGUCGCUCCUCUCGCGCGGCUUCGGAGGAACGGCAAGAUGAGGAGCAGCAGCUGCAGACCGUACCCCGCGACCGGCAGCAGCAGCAGCAGCAGUCCUCCCAGGGGUACCAGGCCUCCCCGCCGGCAUCCCAGCAACAGCAUGGUAUGGAGGCGGAUCGCCUGGAGAAGGAAUCGGCCAGGGGCGAGCGGGAGGGGGACCGAGGGCGUGGCAGGGACAGAGAGGGAGACAGAGGACGUGAAAAGGAUCGAGGUUUAGAUCGAGAAAGGGAGCGAGAGCGUGCGCGGGAUGGCCGCGGGCCGUUGGUGCAGCAGCAGCAGCAGCAGCAGCAGCGAGAGCCAACGACUUUGCCUCUGCGAGACGCAGACCGCGAUCGUGACCGCGACCGCGACCGCGAUCAUGACGUUCGGGACUGGGAGCCUUCCUUGCGCCAAUCGCAGCCGCCACCGCUACCGCCACUACCGCCGCAGUCGUCCGCCGGACCCCAGCGUGAUAUGUCGCGGCGUCGUUACGAUGAUCGUGACCCGCGGGACUGGCCGCCGCCGCUGCACCCGGGCCCGCCAUACGAGCGAGGUUGGGACCCACGGGAUGUGGACCCACGAGAUCGCGACCCACGGGACUGGGAUGGCGGAGGUUCUGCCUGGGACCGUGACCGCAUCCGUGAUCGGGAUCGGGAUCGGGAUCGAGGAGGUGACCCAUGGGACCGUGGCGGGGGACCGCCGGGUAACAGAGGCCGGCGGGAAUCCGACCCAGUACGCGGCGGCCCGCCCGGGGGCCCCCUACCGCCCCACCCACAUAUGCACCCGCGGGAGUACCGGGAAGCGGAGUGGGAAGCAUCCGGGGCACCGCUGCCGCCCUAUAUGCGCGGGCCACCGCCAGGCGGCCCAGGCAGGGCGGGCCCAGGGGGCCCUGGCGCCGCCCGGCCGCAGUCGCCGCCGCCGCCGCCGCACGGACGGUACGGGUAUCGUGACUCCCCCGGCCGCGAACAGCCGCCGCCGCUGCCGCCACAGCACUGCAACGAUUAUCCCCCCUCGGCGAACGGCCGCGGCGGCCGGGCCGCACCGCGCCACAGCGGCGGCGAACCUAUGCCAGACCUGCCAUACCGUGAUAGCGGCGCAGGCGGCGGUUACGGGAGAGGUCCUUCUCACGCCGUAGUGUCCGGCGAUGCAGGCGUUAGCGGCGGCGGCAUCGGCGCCCCGGACGAGCGGCGCAAGAGCUUGGGCAGCAACCUGAAGCGAGUGGUUCCAUCAGAUUCGCUACCGGAUGAGCUGUCGCCGCGUCAUGAAUUUGAGGAUGCGGGGAAGCAACGGCACCACGACCGGGAUCGCGAGCGGGAUCGGGACAGGGACCACCGGGACCGUGAGCGGGAUCGCGAGCUGCGGCGGGAGCAAAAGCGGGAGAGAAAAAAGGCGCGACAGCGGCGCCGGGAGGAGGCGGAUAGGGAACGUGGGGAGCGCGGCGGCGAGCGGGAUACGGACCCGCCAGCCGCCGGCUCGUCACCCAGGCGGGAGGAUGGUGAGGACGGGGGUGAGGCAGAAGGCGGCGGUGAGGAGGGGGAGGAGGGCGAGCUGCCAGAGGCAGUCGACGCGGCGGGACCAGCAAGCCCUGGCCCUGGUCCCGGCCCGGGCGGCAGCGGCGCCACGCUGGUCAGGAACCACCAUCGGAAGCCGCACGUCCCCGGCGGCCCGGCAGCCAGCGGCGGUGGCGCAAGCGGCCGGCGGCUCAUUUCCAAAGACACGGACCAGGGGAUUGAAGGCGAGGCGGAGGAGGGGGAAGUUGAGCUCCCACCGCCGCCGAAACUAUCAUCCCCCCUCCUCUCCCCACACGGACCCCAGCAGCUGCGGCCGAGCUCCCCCCGCGGGACGUCUUCAUCCCACCAGCCGCCAUGCCCCCAAAACCCCAAGGCACCACACCUUCCAGGCCCAAAUCCCCCGAACGCUACACAGACUGCAAGCUCCUUGGGGCCAGAGCUGCGGGCGCCGGGUCAGGCUGCUGCUGAACACCCACCGAAGCAACAUUCGCCAUUCGCGCAGGCAGGAGAUCAGGGCGCAGAAAGUCAGCAAGGCUCAGCCCAGCAGCACCAGCAGCACCAGCAGCCACGUAAGCGGAACCCGAUUGUGUACAAUCUGAACCCGCGGGAUAGCCGAGACGCCUUCACGUUCGCGGCGCCGCUACUCGGGCUAAAGCCCUCCUCCCCUCGGGUCGUCUCGCCGCCCGCUGCUGCUACUGCUGCUACUGGCGGGAGCCGUCCGCAGCCCCUUGCCUCGGCCCGCAGCGCCUCGCCGCGCCGCGCUGGCGGCGGCGGUGGUGGUGGUGGUGGUGGCGGCAGUGGCAAGGAAAAGGCUACGGCUCAAACUGCCGGGCGUGGCUCUGUGUCCUCGUCGCAGCACCAGCAGCAGCAUGAGAGCGGCGGCGGCGGCGGCGGCAGCAGCGGUGCAGCCAAUCGACCCCCGCGUGCGCCACUGUCGUUGGGGCCAUCGCAAGGUAGCGGGGCCGGCAGCGGCGGUGGAGAAGGAGGAGGAGGGAGCGGGGCAGCAGGUACAUCAAACCAUGGCGCGUCCAAUCGAAACGCCCAUUCUCACCAGCAGCAGCAGCGGCAGCGGGCCCUGUCACCGCCGUCGCAGCAGCCACACCCGCAGCAGCAGCAGCACCGCCACUGUCGCGGCGCCGACGGCGGUCUUGGCGCAGCAGUAACGGCCGGCAUCGCGGCAUCGGCCACUUCCGCACUUCAUGAGGCAGCGGCUUCUACGGCUGGAGACGCCCGGCAGCGGGAGGGCCACAGCGGCGGCGGCGGCGGCGGUGGCAGCAAGCGGCGGCGGGAGCUGGACUGGGAAGGGGAGAUGAUGGGGGCAGGCGGCUGCAGGCCUGUCUGCCUGCCGGAUGCUUAA